UUGGGGAAGAUGGCGGCGGCCGCGAGCACCCUUCUCUUCUUGCCGCCGGGGACUUCAGACUGAGCCUUCCCGGGAAGAGUGGGGACUGCAGGCGCCCUGCGUCCCGGGAGCCCGAACCAACUUGGUUCCUCUGUUAGUGGUGAGGAGGGGCAUAUCCUCUUGUGUAGACCUCAGGCCCUUCCCGCUGUCAGGAUGAAGGCUCAGGGGGAAACCGAGGAGUCGGAAAAGCUGAGUAAGAUGAGUUCUCUCUUGGAACGGCUCCAUGCAAAAUUUAACCAAAAUAGACCUUGGAGUGAAACCAUUAAGCUUGUGCGUCAAGUCAUGGAGAAGAGGGUUGUGAUGAGUUCUGGAGGGCACCAACAUUUGGUCAGCUGUUUGGAGACGCUGCAGAAAGCUCUCAAAGUAACGUCUUUACCAGCAAUGACUGACCGUUUGGAGUCUAUAGCAAGACAGAAUGGACUGGGCUCUCAUCUCAGUGCCAGUGGCACUGAAUGUUACAUCACGUCAGAUAUGUUCUAUGUGGAAGUGCAGUUAGAUCCUGCAGGACAGCUUUGUGAUGUAAAAGUGGCUCACCAUGGGGAGAAUCCUGUGAGCUGUCCAGAGCUUGUACAGCAGCUAAGGGAAAAAAAUUUUGAUGAAUUUUCUAAGCACCUUAAGGGUCUUGUUAAUCUUUAUAACCUUCCAGGGGACAACAAACUGAAGACUAAAAUGUACUUGGCUCUCCAAUCCUUAGAACAGGAUCUAUCUAAAAUGGCAGUUAUGUAUUGGAAAGCAACCAAUGCUGGUCCCUUGGAUAAGAUUCUUCAUGGAAGUGUUGGCUAUCUCACUCCAAGAAGUGGGGGUCAUUUAAUGAACUUGAAGUAUUAUGCCUCUCCUUCUGACCUGCUGGAUGAUAAGACUACAUCCCCUAUCAUUUUGCAUGAGAAUAAUGUUCCUCGAUCUUUGGGCAUGAAUGCAUCAGUGACAAUCGAAGGAACAUCUGCUAUGUAUAAACUCCCAAUUGCACCAUUAAUUAUGGGGUCACAUCCAGUUGACAACAAAUGGACUCCCUCCUUCUCCUCAAUCACCAGUGCCAACAGUGUUGAUCUUCCUGCCUGUUUCUUCUUGAAAUUUCCCCAGCCAAUCCCAGUAUCUAGAGCAUUUGUUCAGAAACUUCAGAACUGCACAGGAAUUCCACUGUUUGAAACCCAACCAACUUAUGUACCCCUUUAUGAACUGAUCACUCAAUUUGAGCUGUCAAAGGACCCUGACCCUAUACCUUUGAAUCACAACAUGCGAUUUUAUGCUGCUCUUCCAGGUCAGCAGCACUGCUAUUUCCUCAACAAGGAUGCUCCUCUUCCGGAUGGUAGAAGUCUACAGGGAACCCUUGUUAGCAAAAUCACCUUUCAGCACCCUGGCCGGGUUCCUCUUAUCCUGAAUCUUAUCAGACACCAAGUGGCCUAUAACACCCUAAUUGGAAGCUGUGUCAAAAGAACUAUUCUGAAAGAAGAUUCUCCUGGGCUCCUCCAAUUUGAAGUGUGUCCCCUCUCAGAAUCCCGUUUCAGCGUAUCUUUUCAGCACCCUGUGAAUGACUCCCUGGUGUGUGUGGUAAUGGAUGUGCAGGACUCAACACAUGUGAGCUGUAAACUCUACAAGGGGCUGUCAGAUGCACUCAUCUGCACAGAUGACUUCAUUGCCAAAGUUGUUCAAAGAUGUAUGUCCAUCCCUGUGACGAUGAGGGCUAUUCGGAGGAAAGCUGAAACCAUUCAGGCCGACACUCCAGCACUGUCCCUCAUUGCAGAGACAGUUGAAGACAUGGUGAAAAAGAACCUGCCCCCGGCUAGCAGCCCAGGGUAUGGCAUGACCACAGGCAACAACCCAAUGAGUGGUACCACUACACCAACCAACACCUUUCCGGGGGGUCCCAUUACCACCUUGUUUAAUAUGAGCAUGAGCAUCAAAGAUCGGCAUGAGUCGGUGGGCCAUGGGGAGGACUUCAGCAAGGUAUCUCAGAACCCAAUUCUUACCAGUUUGUUGCAAAUCACAGGGAACGGGGGGUCUACCAUUGGCUCGAGUCCGACCCCUCCUCAUCACACGCCGCCACCUGUCUCUUCGAUGGCCGGCAACACCAAGAACCACCCGAUGCUCAUGAACCUUCUUAAAGAUAAUCCUGCCCAGGAUUUCUCAACCCUUUAUGGAAGCAGCCCUUUAGAAAGGCAGAACUCCUCUUCCGGCUCACCCCGGAUGGAAAUGUGCUCGGGAAGCAACAAGGCAAAGAAGAAGAAGUCAUCAAGAUUACCACCUGAUAAACCCAAGCACCAGACUGAAGAUGACUUUCAGAGGGAGCUAUUUUCAAUGGAUGUUGACUCACAGAACCCUAUCUUUGAUGUCAACAUGACAGCUGACACGCUGGAUACGCCACACAUCACUCCAGCUCCAAGCCAGUGUAGCACUCCCCCAACAACUUACCCACAACCAGUACCUCAUCCCCAAUCCAGUAUUCAAAGGAUGGUCCGACUAUCCAGUUCAGACAGCAUUGGCCCGGAUGUAACUGAUAUCCUUUCAGACAUUGCAGAAGAAGCUUCUAAGCUUCCCAGCACUAGUGACGAUUGUCCACCCAUUGGCACCCCUGUUCGAGAUUCUUCAAGCUCUGGGCAUUCUCAGAGUGCCCUCUUUGACCCUGAUGUCUUUCAAGCCAAUAAUAAUGAAAAUCCAUACACUGAUCCAGCUGACCUUAUUGCAGAUGCUGCUGGAAGCCCCAGUAGUGACUCUCCUACCAAUCAUUUUUUUCCUGAUGGAGUAGAUUUCAAUCCUGAUUUGUUGAACAGCCAGAGCCAAAGUGGUUUUGGAGAAGAAUAUUUUGAUGAAAGCAGCCAAAGUGGAGAUAAUGAUGAUUUCAAAGGAUUUACAUCUCAGGCACUAAAUACUUUGGGGGUGCCAAUGCUUGGAGGUGAUAAUGGGGAGACUAAGUUUAAAGGCAAUAGCCAAGCUGACACAGUUGAUUUCAGUAUAAUAGCAGUGGCUGGUAAGGCUUUGGGUCCUACAGAUCUUAUGGAGCAUCACAGUGGUAGCCAGAGUCCUUUAUUGACCACUGGGGACUUAGGGAAAGAAAAGACUCAAAAGAGAGUAAAGGAAGGCAAUGGCACCAGUAACAGUAGUCUAUCAGGGCCAGGAUUAGACAGCAAACCAGGGAAGCGCAGUCGAACCCCUUCUAAUGAUGGCAAAAGCAAAGAUAAGCCUCCAAAACGGAAGAAGGCAGACACUGAGGGAAAGUCUCCAUCUCACAGUUCUUCUAACCGACCUUUCACCCCACCUACUAGUACAGGUGGAUCCAAAUCUCCAGGCAGUUCAGGAAGAUCUCAGACUCCCCCAGGUGUUGCCACACCACCCAUUCCCAAAAUCACUAUUCAGAUUCCUAAGGGAACUGUGAUGGUGGGCAAGCCCUCCUCUCACAGUCAGUAUACCAGCAGUGGUUCUGUGUCUUCCUCAGGAAGUAAAAGCCACCAUAGCCAUUCUUCCUCGUCUUCUGCUUCCAACUCAGGCAAGAUGAAAAGCAGUAAAUCAGAAGGUUCAUCAAGUUCCAAGUUAAGUAGCAGUAUAUAUUCUAGCCAGGGGUCUUCGGGAUCUAGCCAGUCCAAAAAUUCAUCCCAGUCUGGGGGGAAGCCUGGCUCCUCUCCUAUUACCAAGCAUGGACUGAGCAGUGGCUCCAGCAGCACCAAGAUGAAACCUCAAGGGAAGCCAUCAUCACUUAUGAAUCCUUCUUUGAGUAAACCAAACAUAUCCCCUUCCCAUUCAAGGCCACCUGGAGGCUCUGAUAAGCUUGCCUCUCCAAUGAAGCCUGUUCCUGGGACUCCCCCAUCCUCUAAAGCCAAGUCUCCUAUCAGUUCAGGUUCUGGUGGGUCUCACAUGUCUGGAACUAGUUCAAGCACUGGCAUGAAGUCAUCUUCAGGGUUAGGAUCUUCAGGCUCAUUGUCUCAGAAAACUCCCCCAUCAUCUAACUCUUGUACAGCAUCUUCCUCUUCCUUUUCCUCAAGUGGCUCUUCCAUGUCAUCCUCUCAGAACCAGCAUGGGAGUUCCAAAGGGAAAUCUCCCAGCAGAAAUAAGAAGCCGUCCUUAACAGCUGUCAUAGAUAAACUGAAGCAUGGGGUUGUCACCAGUGGCCCUGGGGGUGAAGACCCAAUGGAUGGCCAAAUGGGGGUGAGCACAAAUUCUAGCCAUCCUGUGUCCUCCAAACAUAACAUGUCAGGAGGAGAGUUCCAGGGCAAGCGUGAGAAAAGUGAUAAAGACAAAUCAAAGGUUUCCACCUUGGGGGGCUCGGUGGAUUCAUCUAAGAAGACCUCAGAGUCAAAAAAUGUGGGGAGCACGGGUGUGGCAAAAAUUAUCAUCAGCAAGCAUGAUGGGGGAUCCCCCAGCAUUAAAGCCAAAGUGACUUUGCAGAAACCUGGGGAAAGUAGUGGAGAAGGGCUGAGGCCUCAGAUGGCCUCUUCCAAAAACUAUGGCUCUCCACUCAUCAGUGGUUCCACUCCAAAGCAUGAGCGUGGCUCUCCCAGUCAUAGUAAGUCACCAGCAUAUACCCCCCAGAAUCUGGACAGUGAGAGUGAGUCAGGCUCCUCCAUAGCAGAGAAGUCUUACCAGAACAGUCCCAGCUCAGAUGAUGGCAUCCGACCUCUUCCAGAGUACAGCACAGAGAAGCAUAAGAAGCACAAAAAAGAAAAGAAGAAAGUAAAAGACAAAGAUAGGGACCGGGACCGGGACAAAGACCGAGACAAGAAAAAAUCUCAUAGCAUCAAGCCAGAGAGUUGGUCUAAAUCACCCAUCUCUUCAGACCAGUCCUUGUCUAUGACAAGUAACACAAUCUUAUCUACAGACAGGCCCUCAAGGCUCAGCCCUGACUUUAUGAUUGGGGAGGAAGAUGACGAUCUUAUGGAUGUGGCCCUGAUUGGCAACUAGGAACCUUACUUUUUAAAGCAAAAACCAUGGCCAGAGAAAAACUAAGUGUAUAGGCAAAUCACCAUAAGGAGUGAGACAGGUCUGAUUUUGUGUUUUAAGAAUCUUAAAUGGCAUGGCUUUGACACCAAGUGGGGUGAAUUUAGAAAGGCAUAGCCAGACCCUACUAAAGAGACCAUAGGGUUUGAUUCUGGUUACCACGAAUCACUUGUUCCUUUGCCAGAAAAAAAAAAAAAAAAAGUUAAAAUAC